UAAAUAGUGUUAGUGUAGAUGUACGUGCUGCACACGUACAGUGUUACGGUACCGUACGGUACGUUCAGUGCGUGAGUCGUUUGUUUUCGAUAAUGCCGUGGUAAUGACAGGGAUAUUUGUGCAUUAAAAGACAAUUUAACAUCCAAAUAGAUAAAAGAAAAUAAGAUAUAAGACGUGCAACCAUGACGAGAUUAGCUGUAUUUAUAGUCACAUCAUUUGUACUGCAAUCAUCAGCUAUAAUUCGUAUCCCGGAUAAGAUAGAAGUUCAGUCACCACCACGGAUAUCCAAGCAGCCUCCUACAGAUGAACAACUUUUUCAAGUAGCUCAAGCUAAAGUUAAUAACAAUGAUAAACCCUUCUUGAUCGAAUGUGAAGCAGAAGGUGAACCUGCACCAAAGUAUCGAUGGAUUAAAAAUGGAAAGAAUUUCGAAUGGCCAGCAUAUGACGAUCGUAUUUCUCAACAACCAGGAAGAGGAACUUUGGUCAUAGCAAGACCUAGAGAUGAAGAUUUAGGACAAUACCAGUGUUUUGCAGAAAAUGAAUGGGGAAUAGCAACAUCCAAUUCUGUUUUUGUUCGUAAAGCAGAACUCAAUGCAUUUAAGGAUCAAAAUCCAAUAAGUUUACACGCUUACGAAGGAGAACCAUUUAAAUUAACUUGCCAACCACCAGAUGGAUGGCCAAAACCAAACGUUUAUUGGCUUAUUCAAGAUACAGCUGGUGCAAUUAAAUCGAUUAACAAUUCUCGUAUGACGUUAGAUCCUGAAGGAAAUCUUUGGUUCAGCAAUGUUACGAGAAACGACGCGUCUGAUGAUUUUUAUUACGUUUGCGCGGCAACCUCUGUAUUCCGAAAUGAAUAUAAAUUAGGCAGCAAAGUUUUAUUAAAUGUUAUCUCAUCUGGAGCAUCAUCUAAUCAAAAUAAACACGAGCCUGUUAAACAAUACGUUAGUAGAAAAAAUGAAGUUGCUCUACGCGGUAAAAAAAUUGAAUUAUAUUGUAUAUACGGUGGUACGCCAUUGCCACAAACCGUUUGGAGUAAAAAUGGUAGAUUGAUACAGUCUAAUGAUAGAAUAAUACAAGGGAAUUAUGGUAAAUCGUUAAUAAUAAAGCAUGUCAAUUUUGAGGAUGAAGGAACGUAUAGUUGUGAAGCGUCUAACGGUGUUGGUGAUGCUAAUUCGUAUUCUAUAAAUCUACAAGUAAUGGCAGUUCCAUAUUUCACGGUAGAACCAGAGAUCAUAAAUGCAGCAGAGGAUGAAACUGUUGAAUUUAGAUGCGAGGCAAGUGGUGUGCCCGAGCCAGACAUCAAAUGGAUUCAUAAUGGAAAACCAAUAUCAGAGGCACCACCUAACGAAAGAAGAAAAGUUACUACUAAUUCGAUUAUUAUAGAAAAAUUGAAAAAGAAAGAUACCGGAAAUUAUGGUUGUAAUGCCACUAAUUCUUUAGGAUAUGUUUACAAAGAUGUAUACGUUAAUGUCUUAGCUCUUGAACCUGAAAUCACUGAACUUCCAUCUGACAAAGCAACGGUCGAAGGUAAAACAGUUAAAAUGACAUGUCACGUAUUUGGAGCACCAAAGCCAAUAAUUAAAUGGGCUAAGAAUGGUCAAGAAUUAACAGGUGGAAGAUAUAAAAUUAUGGAUAAUGGUGAUUUAGAAAUAGAAAAUGUAAUAUUCAUAGAUGCAGGUAGUUAUACUUGUCAUGCUUCUAACAAGUUAGGAGCAGUAAAUGCAUCUGCAAAUCUUGUUGUGAAAGAACGUACGAAGAUUACGGAUGAGCCUGAAGAUUAUGAAGUUGCAGCUGGUUCUACUGCAACAUUUAGAUGCAAUGCAGUAACUGAUUCUAGUUUAACUUUAACGAUAGAAUGGUUGAGUAAUGGCGAACCAAUUGAUUUUGAAAUGGAACCAAGAUUUGUACGUAGUACAGAUUAUUCAUUAAUGAUCACAAAGACAACAGAAUUAGACUCUGGUACUUAUACUUGCGUUGCUCGUACCGAAUUAGAUGAAACAAGAGCACAAGCAACGUUGACUGUUCAAGAUGUACCUAAUGCUCCUAAAUUAAUUGGUGUUAAAUGUAUGUCUGAUAGCGCGAUUAUACAAUGGACUCCUAUGGGUGAUAACAGAGCUCCAAUUUUACGAUAUACUAUUCAAUAUAAUACAAGCUUUACUCCGGAUACUUGGGAAACUUCGGCAGAUUUUGUACCAGCUACAGAACAAAGUUACAGUGUACCAAUGUCGCCUUGGGCCAAUUACACAUUCCGUGUACUUGCAUGGAACAAAAUAGGAAAAUCUUUACCAUCAUCGCACAGCGACGUUUGUACAACCUUGAUGGAUGUUCCUUAUCGUAAUCCAGAUAAUGUUAUGGGUAAUGGAACAACCCCUGAAAAUCUUGUCAUAUCUUGGACAACAUUACCACAAAUAGAACACAAUGCACCCAAAUUUAUGUACAGAGUUUAUUAUAAAAGGGAUAGACCUGAAGAACUAUGGAAUAUAGUAGAUGUUAAUGAUUGGAAACAGCAUUCUCUUACGAUAGAUAAUCAACCAACUUAUCAACGAUAUAAAAUUAAAGUUAUUGCUAUUAAUGAGAAAGGAGAAAGUAAAGCUGAAGCUACAGAAGUGUAUGGAUAUUCUGGUGAGGAUGUACCAUCACAAGCUCCUGGAAACUUUACUUUGGUUACAAUCAAAUCCAGUACAUCUGCUAUACUCUCAUGGAACAUGGUCCCUGAAGAAUCAGUGAGAGGAGAAUUGAAAGGAUAUAAAAUUCAAACUUGGACGGAAAAAGAAGGUGAAAAAGGAAUGCGUGAUAUUGAUAUUAGAGGUGGUCACAUGACACGCGUUUUAGUUGACAAAUUUAUUCCCUAUAGUAAAAACUUUGUCAGAGUUCUUGCUUAUAAUGGAAGAUAUGUAGGACCUCCAUCUGAAACUUUAAGUUUUGAUACACCAGAAGGUGUUCCAGGAACAGUACUUAGUUUUGAAGCUUUCCCAAUGGGUUCUAGUGCACUCUUUCUCGUCUGGUCAAAACCUGCCGAACCAAAUGGUAUAUUAACUGGCUACAGAAUUUAUUACAGGGUUGUAAAUGGAACGAGAUUAGAGUCAUUAUUAGAAAGGAAACCACAUAUAACAGAUCCAGAAGCUACUAGUGCUAAAUUAGCAGCAUUGGCACCUGAUACCAAAUACAGAGUUCACAUUCGAGCUACGACCAAAGUUGGCGAAGGAAACGAUUAUUUCAUAGAAAAAAGGACACGUACUUCUCAAAGACCAGACGUACCUCAAUUUACAUGGGAAACAAUUCCCAAAGAAAAUGGUUAUUCCAAUGUAAGAAUUAUGUGGCAACCAAAUUUAAAUGGCAAUCCUGGUAGUCACUUCUUUGUUAAAUAUAAUCUGAAAGGUGAAACAAUUGCUACUGAAACGGAUCCAGAAUUUCAAUCGAACACGAUUGAAGUUCGUGGACUUCAAAGCGGUGAAGUCUAUGUUAUGUCUGUAGUUGCUGUUGAUGGAGAUUAUGUAACUGAAAGUGUGCCUCAAGAAGUAGAAACCAGUAGCGAAGGUCCAAUUAUUCAACCCAAAGAAAAUGUAGCAACAGCUGGAUGGUUUAUAGGUAUGAUGCUAGCAAUAGCAUUCCUUCUACUAGUUUUAAUUAUCGUUUGCGUAAUUAAACGAAACAGAGGUGGAAAGUAUGCAGUACACGAACGUGAAUUAGCCGCUGGUCGUGGAGAUUAUCCUGAUGAAGGUGGUUUCCAUGAAUAUUCUCAACCAUUGGAUACCAAAUCUGCCGGUGGUCGUGCGUCGUUAGCUUCAUCUUCUCAUCAAGAUGGAAAACAUCCAGAAUCUGACACCGAUUCUAUGGCAGAAUACGGAGAAGGACCAUUCACAGAAGAUGGAUCAUUCAUUGGACAAUAUGGUCCUAAAGGUAGACCAGAGGAAACACCGUCCAUUCCAACUGGAACUAUGGCUACAUCGUAUCUACGACCCCCUGCAGCCUUUUUCACGGCUCUACCUCCUCGUUAUAUUCUCUUCGCCUUUUUGAGAAGAGGGGUAGAAGUAGAAGUAGAAGUAGUAGAAGAAGAAGAAGAAGGACAAAAAGAAACAGAUAAAAAAGAAAACAAGAAGAAGAAGAAGAAAUUGGAAAAGAGGGGAGUUGUGUGUUGCAUGCAACAGUGGUGGUGGUGGUAAGAGGGAUACCAACAGAAGCUUGAGACAGUCGUGCGGACAGAAGUCGAGCGAGAUGUGACCGAUAAUGUAAUUAUGCGGGACAGGUUUUUUGUGCCGGUACUCUAACUUGAUCUCCAGAGAACAGCCGUUCUCUCUCCCCCAUCCCAUCAUGCCCACCCCCUCUUCCCACUCUCUCCGCCUCACCAUCAGCACAACCAUAUUUCUCUUCUCUUCUCUUCUCAUAUAUACAUAUAUAUGUUCUUUAUCUUCUUCUUUCUUUCAACCACCACCACCACCACCACCAUCACACAACCAUCACAACUACCACCACUACCACUUUGGAGUGUUUUCUGCGCAUAGAAAUCGACGAAGAUAAAAAGGGAGCGUUUAUCGAAAGAGAGAAACAGGAUUAAAAUGAGAGUAUAUAUCCUUGGCUCUUUACGAGAAUGGAUACAAAAAGAAGAACAAAAACAAAAAAGAAAUACAUUGUUUAAACCACGAUCCAUUGCUCGUUCGUCAUCAUCUCACGUAGAAGAAGUUAAUUCUAUCGGUUAUAAUAUACUUUUUAACUCGUCAUAAUAAUAAUCAUAAUAAUCGUAAUAUUUCUUUUGACGUUUAUGGGAAAGGCGGAGAAUUUAUAUUACAUACAUUUAUAUAUUAAACUUAAUGUAUAUUAUUAUACAGUACUUAUCUGUCUAUUUUUAUGAAUGUAGAUUUAUUAAAAAUGAAAAGUGUGAUGGUUUCAAUUGAAAGAACUGUGAUACAAGAU